GUUUAACAGGCAAAUAGAAAACAUAACUGGAAAGAAAAAGGUAAUCAAUGAGAUCCGAGCUCGUAAUAAAGUCUUGAUUUUCAUGGAUAACCGAUACUCUUUCCAGCUUUCUGAUGAUGGCUGGGUGAUUUGCAGAGUUUUCAAGAAGAAACAUUUAUUCAAAGGUGGAAACGAAGGGGGUGGGGCAACCUCAUCAGAUCAAAUGAACAGCACAUCAAGCCACCAAUCUCGCGUCUUCAACAGCCAAUAUCUACUACAACAGCAGGGCGGCCAUGGCCUAAACUAUUCCCAUAUCCCCUUAGCUUUGCCACAAUAUAAUUCUCACCUCCAACUUCAACCUCAAAACUUCAUUCCUAACAAGCCAUUGGGCUAUCAUGACUUCUCAGCACUCCCUACUUCUGAUCAUCAGUCGCCCCUUAUGGUGAAGCAAUUAAUGUCGAGCGCCGAUAGCGGCUGCAGCGACCAGAACCUCCCUUACCAGCCGGAAGUUGGAAGUAGUUGUGAGCAUCACCAGAAUUUGAAUGAAUGGGGAAUGAUAGCCAGUUCCCACGGCCAGCUCGCACACGGACAGGAGGAUGAUGAUUCAGCCAAAAAUGCAGGGGUCAGGUUUGAUGAUGCAAAUGCAUCCUCCAUGAGUCAAAUCAAUCAGCUUUCCCUGCGCGGGGAGAUGGAUUUCUGGGGUUACACUAAAUAA